AUGAGCAACUUACCACCAAAGAAGGAGUCCGUCAUGGGCGUUCCACCUUUCGUCAUUGACUUCUUGAUGGGCGGUGUCUCCGCUGCCGUCUCCAAGACCGCUGCUGCUCCCAUCGAGCGUGUCAAGCUCUUGAUCCAAAACCAGGAUGAGAUGUUGAAGACUGGUCGUCUUGACCGUAAAUACGAUGGUAUCGUUGAGUGCUUCAAGCGUACCACCGCACAAGAGGGUGUCGCCUCCUUAUGGAGAGGUAACACUGCCAACGUUAUCCGUUAUUUCCCUACACAAGCCUUGAACUUCGCUUUCCGUGAUACCUACAAGUCGAUGUUCAACUUCAAGAAGGACCGUGAUGGAUAUGCUAAGUGGAUGGCCGGUAACUUGGCUUCCGGUGGUGCUGCUGGUGCCACUUCCCUCCUCUUCGUCUACUCCCUCGAUUACGCCCGUACCCGUCUUGCCAACGACAACAAGAACGCCAAGACCGGUGGCGACCGUCAAUUCAACGGUUUGGUCGAUGUUUACAAGAAGACCCUCGCUUCCGAUGGUAUCGCCGGUCUCUACCGUGGUUUCGGUCCUUCCGUUGCUGGUAUCGUUGUUUACCGUGGUCUUUACUUCGGUAUGUACGAUUCCAUCAAGCCAGUCCUCCUUGUUGGACCUCUUGAGGGUAACUUCCUUGCAUCCUUCUUGCUCGGAUGGACUGUCACCACUGGUGCCGGUAUCGCUUCUUACCCAUUGGACACCAUCCGUCGUCGUAUGAUGAUGACUUCUGGUGAGGCCGUUAAGUACAAGUCUUCCUUGGAUGCUGGUCGUCAAAUCGUUGCCAAGGAAGGAGUUAAGUCUCUCUUCAAGGGUGCUGGUGCCAACAUUCUCCGUGGUGUCGCAGGUGCCGGUGUCUUGUCCAUCUACGAUCAAAUGCAAGUCUUGAUGUUCGGAAAGGCAUUCAAGUAA